CUUCAUUUGAAAAGAUUGAUGAUCUUCUACAAUUCUACCAUGAGAAUGUAGACAAGUUCAACGCGUGAGAGUGUGCAGAAUCCAAACCAACCACUCCUCGUGGUUCUCAACAGCGAUAAACUCAUCAUCUCCGUGUAAAUUCAACAACUGAAACCCCAGAAUCAAACGAAGCUUGAAGGUAUCUCACAGCAAAAUCGAAAACCCCAAAAUCGGUACCUAUCUGAAACCCUACUUCUCAUCUUGUUCAAAUCAUCGAGUAGGUACCAAUAUUUCUUAAUCCUUACUGCAAUUUACUUCGAAUGCAAUUUCCCCCAUCAAAUUCUGCUUCCAAUUGUCUCAAUUUCUAACUCUCGCUCUCAAGAAUUCGAAACCCUAGCUGGGUUUUCAAUUAAUUGGGAGCUGAAACAUCAUCAUGAAGCCGCUAAAUGGGUUAUUCGGUGCAAGACGUAGAAAGUUUCAUAGAAUUUUCAAUGGCUUGUGUGCUAUGGUUGUGUUUUUCUUCUUUUACAAUAGGGAUGACAUCCUUCGCAAUCCGCUUCUUAGGCAUAAUACAUAUUUUGGGUUUCAGAAUUUGUCUCAAAAUGCUUUUUUUAGAGAUGGGGGUUAUGUGAUUCACCGCCGGUUGGCUCAGAUUAGCUCAAACGCUUCGAGUGUAGCCGGUGAGCUGCGCAGUGACGAAGAUUUAGCUGUAAGUAAGCCUGGAUUCUGUACUGGAUUGCUCCGCCAUGAUGGUUUUGAUAGUUCAUGUGAAUUCUUAAAGGCUAAUCCUCAGUGCUCUUCUGAGGGGUAUCUUGAUUACUUGGGGUUUUUCUAUUGUAAAUGUGGGAAUUUUAGUGUGCUUGGUUAUCUAGUGUUAGGGGUGUGGCUUGCUGCUUUGUUUUAUCUCUUGGGGAAUACUGCAGCGGAUUAUUUCUGCCCUUCGCUCGAGCAUCUCUCGAGGCUCUUGAAGUUGCCUCCGACUGUGGCAGGGGUUGUGCUGCUCCCGCUUGGGAAUGGGGCGCCUGAUGUGUUUUCCAGUAUAGCUUCGUUUGUGGGUACGGAAGCGGGUGAGGUUGGGCUUAACAGCGUGUUAGGCGGUGCUUUGUUUGUUACUACUGUUGUUGUUGGAACUGUUUCUCUAUGUGUUGCUGAGAGGGAGAUUCAAAUUGAUCGAAGAUGCUUUAUCAGGGAUGUGUGUUUCUUCCUGCUCACUCUUGCUUCACUGCUUCUGAUUUUGGUUAUCGGCAAGGUGGGCGUUGGGGGAGCCAUUGCUUUUGUGUCGAUUUAUGUUUUUUAUGCAUCCAUUGUAGCUGCCAAUGAGAUAUUACGGAAACAUGCGCGGAGGUUGAAGUUGGAUUCUGUCACACCACUGCUUCCUGUCCAGGGAAGUAUGUUCUCUCUUGGUUCCGAAGAGGAUACUUCUGUGUAUAGCUCUUUGCUUGACUUAGACACUGAGAGUGAUCCUCCUCGUCUCCCUCCUGCCUUGCCACAGUGGAUGUGGUCCUCAAAUGUGGCCAUAUAUUCAAACCAGGCCAAUAAAAUCAAUUCUUCAGAUCAUGAAAGGCCUCCUUGGGGUUGGAGUGAUGGGUCCACGGAAAAUACCAGCUCAUCGUUCUCUGUUUCGAAACUUUUUUUGCUGAUGGAGAUGCCACUGGAAAUUCCUAGACGGCUAACAAUUCCAAUGGUCAAUGAAGAAGUAUGGUCGAAGCCGUAUGCUGUGGCCAGUGCUUCAUUGGCUCCCAUUUUCCUAGCCUUUUUGUUUAGCACCCAAGAUGAUGUGAGUUCUAAGAGUAUUAUACUUGCUUAUUUUUUUGGUGUUGCUGUUGGAUGCACGCUUGGUAUUCUCGCAUAUAAAAACACAGUGCCUGAUCAUCCACCACCUCAGUUUUUACUUCCCUGGGUUCUUGGAGGAUUCCUCAUGAGCAUAGUGUGGUUCUACAUAAUAGCAAAUGAGCUUGUGGCUCUAUUAGUAGCAUUUGGUUUAAUUUUCGGAAUUAAUCCAUCCAUCCUGGGAUUAACUGUAUUAGCAUGGGGAAACUCAAUGGGAGAUUUGAUGUCAAAUGUUGCACUGGCAAUGAAUGGAGAAGAUGGAGUUCAGAUUGCUUUAUCUGGAUGCUAUGCAGGUCCUAUGUUCAACACGCUUGUUGGUUUGGGGAUCUCGUUGCUGCUUGGGGCCUGGUCAAAGAAACCUUCAUUGUACUCGGUGCCGAAAGAUAGUAGCUUAUUUUACACCCUGGGGUUUCUGAUCACGGGAUUGAUGUGGGCACUUGUUGUUUUACCACGCAACAAUAUGCACCCUAACAGAAUGCUAGGAAUGGGUCUCAUCGCCCUUUAUUUGAUAUUUCUUUCUUUCAGAGUGUGCACUGGUAUGGGGCUGAUAACAGUUGCUGGUUUAAGUUGACUUUUGACAAUUAAUCUACUUUGUAAUCAAAAAAUGAGAACAUGCUAUGGUUCCUACAUGUCUUUGGGCCAUGGGUUGUCAUUCUGUUAUAACCUGCUCUCCAAUCUCCAUAUAGCAGGAAUGCUCCUGCUGAAGAUACCAUUGUUGUACGUACAAACAUUUUGUACCAAUCCAUUGGAUUACCAAGACGCAGUCUCUUUACAUUUGUAUUUCUAUAUUAUUUCUUCUCCGAUAUAGUAACUA